AACCAUUGCACCUUUCCAAUGGAAUCCCAUCAAUCAAAGAAUAAUGAUCGCCAGGGUGAGCCGGCCUGCCCCUCCCUGGAAUUCAAGCCCCUACCGGCAGUUUGCAUCUGAGCUUGUCUGGAAGAAAAGGCGGGGCACGGCGCCGUUCCGCUGCGGAAAUCAGCGCCAGCCAUCACCGUAGCAGUAGCUUGUGUCUAACUGUAACUGGGGAAAUAUUUUUUUUUCUUUGCGAUACGGAUAACAAGUCUAAGUAGACUUCGUCUCUGCCACUAUACUCUGCCAUCUUCUCGACGACAUUCAAUCGAAUUGCAAAUAUUUCAAUUCGCAAAUGACUAAACCGUCAACAUUUCUGGUGCCCGGCGACAAGACGUCUGCCGGGACGCUCGCCAUUAUCAGCUUAUCGCGCGACAACUUCCUGCCGCUGACGCUGGAGAAAUCAACGGGUGCAGUCGACGGUUACCUCGAGGGUGCAACAUUAAAUACCCGCUUUGGCUCCUAUCCUCACUCAACAUUGCUCGAUGUGUCAUGGGGCUCCCAGGUCCGCGCGUCGAAUGUCGAUACGGGCUCUCGAGGCAAGAAGCGGAGACGAGAUGCAACCGACGAAGAUACACCGAUAGCCAGUGGAGAUGACGACGAUGAUUCCACGGCCGCCAAUGCGCCGGUAAAGAAGGCUGUUACAGCGCCGAGCGGCUUCAUCUAUGUCUUACGUCCAACCCCCGAACUUUGGACUACUAGUCUACCCCACAGAACGCAAGUUGUAUAUACACCAGACUACAGCUAUAUCCUCCAUAGGAUACGAGCCAGACCUGGAACCCGAAUUAUCGAGGCUGGAGCUGGCAGCGGAAGCUUUACCCACGCAUCCGUGAGAGCGGUUUACAACGGAUACCCACGAGACUCGGACGAUGUAAAGGGGAAAGUUUUCAGCUUCGAAUUCAACGAAUCGCGAUAUGAGAAGAUGCAGGUGGAGAUUGGACACCACGGGCUGGACGACCUUGUUAAGCUCACACAUCGUGAUGUAUACAAUGACGGAUUCAACGUUAACGGCGAGUCGCCUAAUGCAACAGCUGUCUUUUUGGACCUGCCGGCUCCCUGGGAGGCUUUACAUCACCUUUCAAGGCGAAAGCUCCAGAAGGGGGGCGAAGAAGCUGAGGAGGAUAGCAAUUGGGUAUCGCCUCUAGAUCCCAAGCAGAGCGUCCACAUUUGCACAUUUUCGCCUUGCAUAGAACAAGUUACUCGAACAGUCACGGAGCUGAGAACCCUGGGUUGGGUUGAUGUGGACAUGGUGGAGAUUUCAAACCAAAAGAUCAACAUAUCAAGAGAAAAGGUUGGAGUCAACUACCCGACCGAGAAAGGAUACAAUUCCUCCCCAGCGGAUGUUUUAGAAGCUGUCACAAAGCUCAAAAGUCUUGCCGACAGGAAUAAGGAGACUCAGAGAGUUCAGGUGCUACAGACAGGAGCCGAGGGACCUGACAGCGAAAUGGAUCUAGACUCCACUCCUAACCGCGAAAACCAGCCUUCGAAUUUGAAUGGAACCGUUGACGAUAUGGAGAAGCCUUGGAUGCAGGGACGGCUCGUUCACAGACCGGAGAGCGAACUCAAAACUCACACUUCUUACCUAGUCUUUGCUAUUCUGCCGUGUGAAUGGGACGAGGAAGCAGAGGCUGCAGCUAUGGCUAAAUGGCCAUGUGGAAACGAGAAAAAGACGAUUGGAAACCUCGACAAGCAGGCCCGCAAGGAAGAGAAGAGAAAGAUGCUGGAAGGAAAAUCCAAGAAGCAGAAGAAGGGGAAUGAUACCCAGACAACGCAGGUUGUGGUGUCAGCUGUGGCGACACCAACGACGGAUACCGCGUAAUUGCUUAACAAAUUAAUUAAAACAGUAGAAUAAAUAGAAUUGCAGUAUUUUGCAGUGUCC